GGGGGAGAGGCGGAUCUUUGGUUGCGAUCAAGUUAGUGUGACGGUGGCGGCAGAGGAAUGAUCUGAGAGCGCAGGCCAGAGAGACAGCGAGAGAGAGAGAGAGAGGGUGAGUGGGUGAGUGAGUGGCUGCUGUUUGAUGGCUUCUCUAUUCAAGUUGGGACGAUCGAGAACUAUCAGACUGAUUCAAAGUUUUCCAGCAGUUAAGCUGCAUUUAACCGGAGCUGUCAUGAGAGCCACAGAAGUUGAAUUUGACAAAGCAAAGGAACAUUUGAAGACAUUAAAGAAUGACCCUGGAAAUGACACCAAAUUGCGAAUAUAUGCUUUGUUUAAACAGGCUACACAAGGUUCUUGCAGUUCACCAAAGCCUGGUAUGUUAGACUUUGUCAAUAAGGCCAAAUGGGAGGCAUGGAAUUCACUUGGUAAUAUAUCUAAGGAUGAUGCUCGACAAAAAUAUGUUGACCUUGUAGGAACGUUGAUCUCUUCAGAAGCCCCCAUCCAGAAAGAAGCCACCACUGCAGGAGACCCAAAAUCAUCAUACCAGACACUACAGGUCACCACAGAGAACAACAUCACCACCAUCCUUUUAAACAGGCCAGAGAAAAAAAAUGCCAUUUCCCGAAAGAUGUAUGAAGAAAUUAUGCAAGCACUUGAACAAGCUGGAAAAGAUGACUCUGUGCUUACAGUAAUGACAGGUAGUGGAGAUUAUUACUGUAGUGGGAAUGACUUGAGCAACUUCACCCAAGUUGGAGCAGAAGGUGUGGAAAAGCUGGCUCGGGAUUCAGGAGAACUGCUUACAUAUGUAAGCCAUUUCAUUGAUUUUCCAAAGCCACUAAUCGCUGUGGUAAAUGGUCCUGCUGUUGGAAUUGCUGUCACUGGCCUUGGUUUAUUUGAUGUAGUGUAUGCCACUGAUCGUGCCACAUUUCAUGCUCCAUUUAGCCAGCUGGGUCAAAGUCCAGAAGGCUGCUCAUCUUACACUUUCCCUAAGAUGAUGGGUACUGCAAAGGCAAAUGAAAUCCUUCUGUUUAACAAGAAGCUCACAGCAGCUCAAGCCUGUGAUUUGGGUCUGGUUACUGAGGUCUUUCCUGACAAUACAUUCCAGCAAGAAGUUUGGAAAAAGCUGCGUGCCUACGCAAAGCUCCCCAAAGAUUCUCUGCGCUAUUCAAAACAACUGAUCAGAGGAAUGGAAAAAGAAAAGUUGCAUGCUGUCAAUGCUCAAGAGUGUGUGCGACUGCAAGAGAGAUGGUUAUCUGAGGAAUGCAUGAAUGCAAUCAUGGGCUUUUUUCAAAAUAAGUCAAAAUUAUAAUAUUUUUUACACUAAUUGAAAUUCAGAAACCUAACCUGGUAAUAAUUGCUUAACAUUCUUAGUUAAAUAUUAUUGUCAAUCAAACCACCUCUUCGUGAAGAAUAUUUCUGUAUUAAUCAUCCUUAAGUGCAUAGCAACUAGUAUCACUUUUAUGUGUCAUUGCUAUUUGGAAAAUCAUCCUUUAAGCAGAAAAAAGUUUAACAUUGAAAUAACAAUUGAUCGAAAUAUAUGAAUUUGUAAUGCUGGCUUGUGGUUAUGAAUUAAAUUAUAAUUUCACCAUGAAUAUUUAAUAUCAAAAACAAUAAAAGGUUUAUCUGUA